AUGCAUUUUUCCAAGAUCGCAGUCGCCAUUGCCCCGUUGAUCGGGUUCUCUGCCGCCAGACCUGCUCAACCUUCUGGCAGCGUUCCUCCUUUCCCAUCUGGCACGCCUCCUCCUCUGCCAUCGAUCAGCCUUCCUCUGCCAUCGUUCAGCAUCCCGCUCCCAUCCGGCUCCGGUUUCCCUUGGCCGUCUGGUUUCCCAUGGGACAAGCGCGAUGAGGAGCAUCACCGCCACGGAUCCAGCUCUAGUGUUCCUUUCCCCAGCAGCUCGUUCCCUCACCCCAGCGUGACCCCGACACCAGCAGCUUUCCCAUGGGACAAACGCGCUGAGGAGUACCCCCGUUACGGAUCUAGCUCUGGUGUUCCUUCUCCUAGCAGCUCUGUCCCUCACCCCAGCAGCUCGUUCCCUCACCCCAGCGUGACACCAACACCAGCAGCUUUCCCAUGGGACAAGCGCGCUGAGGAGCACCAUCACCACCCCUCUGGUUCUGGUUUCCCCUUCCCCAGUGGUAGUGGUAUUCCUUUCCCCAGUGGUAGCCCUUUCCCUAGUGGAUUCCCCUUCCCUUCGGGUUUCCCAUGGGACAAGCGCGCCGAUGACCACCACCACCGGCCUCACCCCUCCGGCUCUGGUUUCCCCUUCCCCAGUGGCAGUGGUAUUCCUUCCCCCAGCAGCUCGUUCCCUCACCCUAGCGGAACCCCGCCUCCUAAGCCCACCGGUGGCAUCCCUCCCGCCGGAUUCAACCUUGGCUUCGGUUUCCCCUUUUAA